GAACGAAAGAAAGGUCAUGGAAGAGUAUUCCCGAGACCUGUUUGGGACUGGUUUGGACUUCGUGACUGGACGUGGCACCGAGGAGGCCAUCUGCAAGGCCCUCACGCAUGUCGAUGAGGCAAGGGCCAGAGCCCAGCAAAGUCAGCGGCAUGCUGGCCGCGGACACAGGGGGCUAAAACUGCGGGGCAGUAUGACUCUGAGCGCGGACAUGAGCAAGGCUUUUGACAUGGCAGAUAGGCGUAGGUUGCGAGAAUCUCUAGAACUGGCUGCAGCAGAUCCAUUCCUAAUUGACCUGGUAGGCAAACUUCAUGUAGAGGCUCUCUAUGAAAUGACGGCCAGCGAUCAAGCAUUCAGCGUAGCCACCCAUCGCGGUAUCAAGCAGGGCUGCAAGCUAGCACCGUCUCUUUUCGCCUUUGCAACAUUCCUUCUGUUUCGGAAGCUGGGCGAACACUGCGACAUUGAGGCUCUCCGCGAAAUCCUCACUAUGUACGCAGAUGAUACCCUGCUACAAAAGCAUUUCGAUGAUUUGCCACAAAUGCAGGAGGCACUUCGACUGUGUGACCUGCUGCUUGAUCAGCUCACAGAGCUAGGCUUCAAGGUCAACCCAGAGAAGUCAGCACUGCUUCUGCAGCUUCACGGGGGCUCCGCGCAGCAGGUCACAAACCAGCUGGUAGUCACCAAAAAGGGCGCGAAAUAUGUGCAGCUGCCUUCAGGUCGUCUUAUCGCGCUAAAGACACAGGUCCCCUAUCUGGGCAUCAUCAUUUCCUAUCACGAUUAUGAGAUGCAGUCACUCCGACAUCGCCUACAAGCCAGCAAAGCUGUGAUGAAGGAAGUGGCCCAUGCAGUUCGCAAUAGCCACGCCAUCACUGAAAAACGUCGACUGUCCAUAUGGCGUAUCACAGCAUGGGCAUCAGCCCUUUACGGACUGCACGUGGUAGGGCUCACUGAGCAGGGACUCGCAGCGUUGGAGUCCCACAUGAUAUAUCAGCUGCGUUUUGUCCUGAGGAGUUACUCCCACCUGACACAUGAAUCAAAUUUGCACUUUAUCAGGCGAAGGGGCUUUAAAACUGCAAAGUUUCAGGUCCUGCAACGUCUUCAGAAAUUCUUGAAACGGCAGAAGAAAGGGGAUAAGGAGGUACUCCUUCCUCUCUAUCUGCCAAGGGCGGAGCGGUUAGCAGAGCUAAUCCCACAGCUUUCUGCAGCCGGGAACAGCGGCACAGAUCGCCAGGAUCCCAGUCAAGUAUGCACCGAGUGCGGCGCGAUCUUCAUAGGCUUUUGGCUCUUGGCAAAUCGACGAAAUCACUGCUAUGCCAACUCGGUGCUACAGGCGAAGUGCCUGGUAACCCUGGAGGAGAUUCUCCCCAGCGGAGGAGCUCCCCCACCCAAGGGUCAGGGCAAAGGCAAGAUGGUCGGCCAGCGCCGCAAAGAUGGCCGGUCUGCGGGAAGUGAAGAAAGCGAACUGGUGACGGCAAUGGCGAAAUUAGCCCUCAGACACGAUGAGCACAUGACGGCUCUUGAUCUCUGCUACGUAUCGUACGUGCGCACAGAUGCACACUCCGUGCUGCCAGAGCUGUAUGCAGAGAGCAAGCGUCAGAAAAGCCUGAUGGUCGACCAGUCUGACACGAUGCAGCAGAAGGUAAAGCACGAAGGCAUACUUUCGAGUCAGGGAGACUGGCGCUACCUCGAAUGGAGCCCCGAAAGCCAGUCCAUGGUUGAGACUUUGGAGGAUCCAUUGAGCACCUCUCAGCUUCUGGCUGGGAUCGGAGAUGUGCUCUCCCGGCUCGAGGCCGACACGACGCAUGUGACGAUGUUCAAGGCCUCGCGACCUAUCACCGAACGGAUGGUUGGUGGCCCGGUUCGCCUCCUUUUCAGUUUUCCUGAAAA